AUGGAAGCUAAUGGAUUUGAUGAUGCUAAGAUACCUUUGUUGCAGACUCCGGAAGACGUAACGGUUAGGAUUGUUAUGUUUCAAAUAAGUGAUAUAAAGUGUGCAUCAUGUGUGAAUUCUAUUGAAUCUGCUGCUAUGAACCUUAAUGGAGUUAAAAGCAUCGCCGUCUCGCCACUUGAUGGCCGAGCCGCUAUCAAAUUUGUCCCAAAAAUCAUAACUGCAAAAAAAAUAAAAGAAACCAUUGAAGACACUGGCUUUAGAGUUAUUGAACUCGAUGAGCAAGAAAUAUCAGUAUGCCGAGUUAGAAUUAAAGGAAUGGCAUGCACAAGCUGCUCUGAGUCUGUUGAGAAUGCACUUCAAAUGGUUGAUGGAGUGAAAAAGGCAAUAGUUGGUCUUGCUUUAGAGGAGGCAAAAGUGCAUUUUGAUCCUAACCUCACCGAUACCAACAAGAUAAUCGAGGCUAUAGAAGAUGCAGGUUUUGGAGCAGAUCUUAUUAGCUCUGGGAAUGAUACGAACAAAUUGCACCUGAAACUUGAAGGGGUUGAUUCUGCAGAAGAUGUAAAUGUCAUAAUGUCUUCUCUUGAGUUAGCUGUAGGUGUGAAUCAUGUUGAAAUGGAUUUGACAGAACAUAAAGUUACAGUUAGCUAUGAUCCAGACAUUACAGGUCCAAGAUCUCUCAUUCACUGCAUAAAGGAAGCUAGCUGUGGCCCCAAGAUGUAUCAGGCAACCUUGUACUCUCCUUCGGGACAAAGAGAAAAGGAUAAGGUGAAUGAAAUUCGUAUGUAUAGGGACCAAUUUUUGUUCAGCUGUUUAUUUUCUGUCCCCGUGUUUGUAUUUGCCAUGGUGCUUCCCAUGCUUCCUCCAUAUGGCAACUGGUUAAACUAUAAGAUCCACAAUAUGCUUACUCUUGGGUUGUUCUUACGAUGGAUACUUAGCACGCCUGUGCAAUUUAUAGUUGGCAAAAGGUUCUACAUGGGAUCAUAUCAUGCACUGCGGCGAAGAUCUGCUAACAUGGACGUUUUGGUUGCGCUAGGCACUAAUGCUGCUUAUUUUUACUCCAUGUAUAUUUUAAUAAAGGAACUGACUUCAGAUACGUUUCAAGGACAAGAUUUCUUUGAGACCAGUUCCAUGUUGAUAUCCUUUAUUCUAUUAGGGAAAUAUAUGGAGAUUUUGGCUAAAGGGAAAACAUCAGAUGCUUUAGGAAAGCUGACACAACUUGUUCCUGAUAAAGCUUAUUUGGUUGCAAUUGAUACUGAUGGAAAUGUCAUCACGGAGACAGAAAUUGACACUCAACUUAUACAAAAGAAUGACAUAAUUAAGAUUGUUCCUGGGGCGAAAAUUCCCAUUGAUGGCAUUGUUAUAAAAGGGAAAAGCUAUGCAAAUGAAAGUAUGAUCACUGGGGAAGCAAGGCCGGUUGAUAAAAGUCCAGGAGACAAGGUUAUCAGUGGAACCAUCAAUGAGAAUGGCUGCUUACUGGUUAAGGCCACACAUGUUGGAUCGGAUACUGCACUUUCUCAAAUUGUUCAACUCGUAGAAGCUGCUCAACUUGCCAAAGCACCAGCUCAAAAACUUGCUGACCACAUUUCAAGGGUUUUUGUUCCAAUAGUGGUUAUUGCAGCACUCAUCACUUGGUUGGGAUGGUUCAUUCUUGGGGAAGCUGGGAUUUACCCUAAACAUUGGAUACCAAAAGCAAUGGACGCAUUUGAGCUCGCUUUGCAGUUUGCUAUUUCUGUGCUAGUUGUGGCUUGCCCAUGUGCUCUAGGACUAGCAACACCAACUGCUGUUAUGGUAGCUUCGGGCAUGGGUGCUUCUCAAGGUGUGCUCAUCAAGGGUGGAGAUGCACUGGAAAAGGCACAUAAGGUAAAAAUUGUUGUGUUUGAUAAGACCGGGACACUAACAGUUGGGAAGCCAGUGGUAGUUAGUGCAGUGCUGUUUUCUGAAUUUUCUAUGGAGGAGUUAUGUGACAUGGCAAUUGCUGUGGAGGCAAGUAGCGAACACCCCAUAGCAAAAGCUGUCGUGGCUCAUGCAAAGAAGCUGCGCCAGAAAUUUGGUUCCUGCCCUGAGGAAGUCCUAGAUGUGAAGGAUUUUGAGGUACACAUGGGAGCCGGGGUAAGUGGAAAAGUGGGUGAUAGAACAGUUGUAGUUGGAAACAAGAGACUCAUGCAUGCUUGUAAUGUUCCAAUAUGUUCCGAGGUUGAGAGGUACAUCUCUGAAAACGAAAAUCUGGCUAGAACUUGUGUUCUAGUUUCAAUUGAAGGAAAGAUAGCUGGAGCAUUCUCUGUAACUGAUCCUGUAAAGCCAGAGGCUAAACGUGUCAUAUCUUUUCUCCACUCUAUGGGCAUCUCAAGCAUUAUGGUGACUGGUGAUAACUGUGCAACUGCAACUGCUAUUGCAAAUGAAGUCGGUAUUGGUGAGGUCUUUGCUGAAACAGAUCCAGUGGGAAAAGCUGAUAAGGUGAAAGACUUGCAGAUGAAAGGAAUGACUGUGGCUAUGGUGGGUGAUGGAAUAAAUGACUCACCAGCCUUAGUAGCUGCUGAUAUUGGUAUGGCAAUUGGUGCUGGAACUGACGUAGCUAUAGAAGCAGCUGAUAUAGUUCUGCUCAAAAGCAGCUUGGAAGAUGUGAUUACAGCCAUAGAUCUAUCUAGAAAAACCAUGUCUCGAAUCCGUCUGAACUACAUCUGGGCUCUUGGUUACAACAUUCUAGGCAUGCCAAUUGCUGCUGGCGUCUUGUACCCUUUUAUUGGAGUCAGAUUGCCCCCAUGGCUAGCUGGUGCUUGCAUGGCUGCUUCUUCUCUUUGUGUGGUUUCUUCCUCUCUAUUGCUGCAGUUCUACAAAAAACCUUUACAUAUAGAAUCAACUUGAUGGCCUAUACUAGUUUGACUUGACUGUCCAUAUUGUCUUUUUAAGAUUCAAUCUCUAUAAAAAAAAAUAAGAUUAAGGUUACUUAUAAAGAUAUCUCUCAUCUAAUCCUUGUAAGUUGGGGUUUUAUAAGGAAUGAUUUUUAGGACUCAGGUAACUUUUUAUCGCCUAAUUGAUGUGUUGCUUUUAGGUGGGGCUAAUGUCCAAUUUUUCAUGGGAACAAUUGAUCGUCCAU